AACAAGUCUGAGGAUCAAAAAACUUAGACCUAUUUGUAGACUCCAAAAAUUAUCUAACUCUGAUGUAUAUAUUUUAGAAAUUAGACCUGAAAGCAAUAGCUAUAGAUGCUCUACUAUUUCUAUAAAAGGGAUGAAAUAUAUAGGCCAACCUACUAUAGGUUUUACUAUACAAAAUACUAAACAAAGUCAUAAGAGAACAAGUAACAAUCAUACUAAUCUUCCCAUGAUAGUUAUUAGCACUGUGGUUCUCAACACUCCUAUCUCUACUGGAUAA